AUGUCGGGCGCCAGCAGGCACCUGGGCAUGCCGGUGGGGACGGAAGGGGAGAACGACAGCUUCCGGGAAGCAGAAUAUGCUGCCAUCCACUCUAUGUUGGAUCAGAUCAACUCCUGUACAGACCAUGUAGAGGAGAAGAAUGACCACCUCCACCCCUCCCUCCAGGAGCUGCUUGAAUCCAACCGGCUGUUACGCCCUGAGUUCCAGCAGCAGCUCAUGGAGGCACCAGCAAUGCCAGCCCCUAAGCUUUGGAAACCCCUAGCUGGGUCUCAGCCCUGCCUCCCUGAGCUAGGCUCUAUCCUGAGCACUCACCACCUGGCUUAG